AUUUACAAAUUCAAACCUGAGCAUGACCCAUAUGAGGUCUGACAGCUCCUUGAGAAAAGCCAUACCCAGGCAAGGAAGGCGCAAUAACUUCAAAAACAAACGUUUGCUGACUUUGAAGAAUUAUCAACGGCUGCUACGAAUUUCCAGACGUCGUCUGACAGGAGUUUGGGCUCCUCUAGAGCAGCAAAGUGUCCUCCUCGAGGCAUCCUUGUCACUUGGAUUAGAUUGUAGAAUUUAUCUCGGAGAAAUUCUUCAGGAAAGAAGAUCAACUCUUUGGGAAAUUGCGCGCAGGCACUCGGGAUUAUAAUAGGCCAGCUAAAACA